GGGAGUUGGGAUUAAAAAACGUGUUUAAGAUAUUAGAAGAUCAAAAAUAUCUGGCUAAGUCGUCCACGUUGGCACUAGCUCUUGAGUGAUCUGGAAUCUGAUAUUGCACUUUUUCUUUCCAAAGCUCAAAAUAGAAAAUUACCAUUUUCGUUUCUUUCAUUUUCUCUUCUCCCAAACACACCCCUUAGCCCCCGAAUCUCAUGAAAUAUCUUCUCGGAGAAACACAUCAGAUUGUUUUCUUCUCUCUCCCUUGUUUUCCUUCCCUUGAUUAUCUCUGACUCGAUCUGGUUUCACUUCCUGUUCCAGUUCCGAAUAUGAUCUCCAAACCCUAAGCUCAAAGGCGAAAACUUUUCUGGAAUUUCUGCAAUUCCGAUUCCGGCCUUGGGUUUGGGUAUGGGUGAGGAGGUGAAGAUGAGCGAGUACGAAGGCGGUGUCGAUUGCGGCGACGAGGAGCGAGUUCUGGAGUGGGAGGCGGGACUACCGAGCGUUGACGAUCUGACGCCGCUGUCUCAGCCGUUGAUUCCGCCGGAGCUGGCGUCGGCGUUCAGCAUCUCACCGGUGCAGUACCGCACGCUCCUCGACGUCAAUCAGGCCUCGGAGGACACGCUCUCGUCGCUCCGCGGCAUUACCCAAUCGCCCAACAUCUUCAAGUCGUUAGGCGAGAGCCACGAGUCGGCGGUGGUGGAGGCCGACGAGAACGAUCGCGACGGUUCCGGAUCCGAUUCGAGGAAGUCUCGGAAGAUCAUGGACUGCGCCGAGGAGGACGAUUCCGCACUCCCGGUUGAUAAUUCAGGCGACGACCCCGCCGCACGGACGCUGAAGCGGCCUCGCCUUGUGUGGACCCCGCAUCUCCACAAGCGGUUCGUCGACGUCGUCGGCCAUUUGGGGAUCAAAAACGCCGUGCCGAAGACGAUUAUGCAGCUGAUGAAUGUUGAGGGAUUGACCCGCGAGAACGUCGCUAGCCACCUGCAGAAGUACCGCCUCUACUUGAAGAGGAUGCAGGGGUUGUCCACCGAGGGCCCCUCGGCAUCGGACCAGCUUUUCUCGUCUACCCCGGUACCACAGAGCCUCCACGAGUUUAGCACCGCCAGCGGUCACUCCAACGGACACAGCCAUGGAAAUGGGCAUUUCCAGGUCCCGGUGCCGAUUCCGUACCCGCCGGUGAUGCCCAUGCCGGUUCUGGGAAUGACUCAUCAUGGUCAUGGCCAUAUGGGCAUGCCCGUGGGGGCACCGCCUAAAGGUGCUGUAGGGUACCACCAUGGGUUCGAGUCUCAUCACCACCAUCAUCAUCCGUUUAAUAUGUUGCAGCAGCAGCGAGAUUGGUCUGGGAAUAAUUAUGGUUCGGUUGUAACUUAUCCACAUGUGGCUCGUAGUGAUAAAUAGAAUCUUCCACAUAUUGUUGACACCAUAACCGGAGAUUCAGAAGUUGAGCAAGUUGGUUGAAGCUAAGUCUUGGAGCUCAACUGACAAGCGUGUGAAGGGUUAUUAGGUAUUACAUGGAUACACUUUAGAGGCAUAGCAUACUCCAAUAUAACUUGGGGUUUAUGUUUAUAUGCUUGUACACACAUAUAUAUGCACAUACUUGAUAACAGCAGGAGGUUCAUGGUGUAUUAUUUAUUAUUCUGCAUAUCAGCAGCCUUUAGGUCUUAAAUUAACAUAUUUUUCAAUUGAUGUAUGUCAUUCCCUUUUUCAUUGAUUAAUGUAUUAAAUAAGGCUUCUUUUCA